AUGGAUCAACCCCAAUAUGACCUCGCCCCGGCGCCCUAUGGCCGCGCCUGCAUGAACUGCUCACAGUCCAAAUGCAAAUGCAUUCUUCCCAAAGGAGGCGGCCGAUGCCAGAGGUGUCAGCGCUUGAACAAAGAAUGUCGUCCAUCGGCAUUCCAUCGACGACCGAACGGGCGCAAGUCGUCCAAGACAGGACGACUAGAGAGGAAACUCGAUGAUCUGGUGACGUUGCUGCGGGCACAGUCUUCCACGGGCCUCUCGGGGGAUUAUGUCGAGUUGAUUGAGGACUUGCGACGAGAGCCCGAGGCUCAACAGGCCCUUCCUCCCAUUCAAGUCGAUCGCACGGUCUCGUCGGUGGAGAGAGUCAUUGACUGUGGGUUUCUGGCUCCGACGGCGCAGCGAACGGUCCCGGAUGCUCAGGAUGAGGUGAAUGCUCGCGGGCAGGCCUCGUCUGAACCGACCCCAUCGCAGGCUGAAGAGUGUCUGAGUGUGUUUGUCACUCAUAAACUACCUUACUUGCCCUUCGUGUAUCUUCCGCCGGGGACGACGGCACAGCGUCUUCGCAGCGAGCGGCCGUUCCUAUGGCUGUGUAUUAUGGCGGUCGCGUCCAAAAGCCCGAGUCAGCGCCAUGCUCUGUGUGAUAGGAUCCGGGAUAUUGUGGCCCAGCGCAUGGUGCACGAUGUUGCUGGUCGCGAUGUCGAUUUCUUACUCGGUCUCCUGGUGUAUAUGGCAUGGUCCAACCAGCAAAUCUUCAAAAAGCUCAACUUGACCGUGUACAACCAGUUCGCCAAGGCCGUUGUCUUUGACCUCAUGCUCAACAAGCCUCCCGAGGGUGAUGGGUCGUCGCUAAUGUGUCUGUUGCAGACGCAGCCCGACGAGAAUCCCACUCCACCGGUCCGAACAAUGGAAGAGCGACGUGCCGUUCUGGGAUGCUUCCUUCUGACCUCCAUCAUCUCCCUGUUCCUGCAGAAAUGCGACACCCUUCGCUGGACCACCCACAUGGACGACUGUCUCCAAUACCUCAGCGAGCACCCCGAGUGCCUCAACGACGAAGUCCUCGCCCAGCAGGUUCGCUUCCAGCUCGUCAACGAGAAACUCAACACCUCCGACUGGCAUCGAGGCCUCACAGCCACCCACGAGCCCUUGAAAGCCCCUACAACCGUAUACCUGCACGCCAUCAACGCGCCAUUCGAGCGAACCCAAAGCAAACUCGCCCCUCACUCCCAACGCUCCCGAAUCCUCCACCUCCACCACAACAACACCAUCCUCACCCUGCACGAACCCUCCCUCCUCAAACCCGCCCUCCCGACCCCCCACGCCCUCAACUUCCAACAACUCGAAAGCCUCCACACCUGCCUCGAAGCCGUCCACUCCUGGAUGGGCAUCUUCCUCGCCAUCCCCCCCGCCGAAUACGCCAGUUUCCCCUUCCCGGUGUUCGCCCAACUCGCUCGCAACCUCGCCGCUCUCUACAAGCUCUCGACCCUCGAGGAUCCCGCCUGGGAUCGGGCUCACGUUCGACGAACCACGGAUAUCAUGACGGUUAUGGAUCGGUUGAUUGGGAAUUUGGGGCAGGCGGCGGCGUUGGCGAAGUUGGAGAGUGGGGAGGGGGAGGGGGAGGGAGAGGGAGAGGGAGAGGAUGUGUUUUUUUAUUCGAUUGGGAAGUAUGAGUCGGUGAGGAUGAGUUGGGGGGCGAGGUUUGAUGUGAAUACUACUGGUGGUGGUGGAGGUGGUGGUGGGUUGGAGAUGGAGCAGGGUAUGCAGCAGGAUAUGUCCGGCCAUGAACUGGGUAUGGCGAUGGGAUUUGAUGAUUGUUUAUCGGAGUUUUUGAAUUCUAUGAUGCAGUAGGUAGAUACUAUAAUGUAUUGUGGUGGAUACUUUAGUUUGUUUUGAU